AUGACGGGACCAUCAACACCAGGCCAAGAAGGGCCUUCGUUCGCACCACCCCCAUUACCUGAGGGAUGGAUCGCACAAUGGGACGGCAUGUCGCGCAAAUACUACUUCGUGCAGCUUUCCACAGGCGCCUCACAAUGGGAAACUCCGACACAGGCAGCGCCCUUAGGCCCGACGCCGCAAGCGACUCCGCAGGGCGGAUUAGAGCAUCCAUAUGGCACGCCGGGAAGCCAAGGCAAUCCUCAGGGCCAUGAGGAUCUGGAUAUCAUCCAGAAUGCCGAUGGGACGCAGAGUAUUAGACAUCCGGAUGGGACACUGGAGCCGUAUACUGGGGAGAGGGGUAUUGGGAGUUUUGCGAUGAAUGCGUUACUCGGUGGCGGGAAGAAACAGAGCUCUGGUGGUGGAUUGGGAGGACUGGCCAGCUCCUUAUUGGGAGGAGGCUCAUCUAGUCAUAGCCAGGGUAGUUCCGGCGGUGGUGCUGGUAAGAUCGUGGGCGCCUUAGCUGGCAAUUUAUUCGGUGGUGGCAAGAAGCCCGAUCAGCAGCAACAGCAAAACCAGUCUGGUAAUUUUUCUGGAGCUCAGCAUAAUCAACAAAGUCAGGGCGGUUUGAUGGGAAGCCUGGGUGGAAUGUUCGGUCAUGGUUCUUCACAGCAACAGCAAGGAGGUAACGAAUAUGGCUACUCUUCAGGUAAUAACCAACAGGGUGGAUAUUCUGGGUCGGCUCCUCCGUCAUCCUAUCAACCAAGCGGUACUGCUCAUACGUCUUAUAACCCGCCACCGCAAUCAAAGCCUUCCCAACCACACCAGAACACGCCCUCGUCGCAGUCAUAUGGCGGCUCCCAACCGUCAUAUGGAGCACCUUCGAAUCAACAACCACCAUACGGAGGACAUCAAACUUCCUCGCAACCAGCCUACGGAGCAUCGCAUAGCCAGCAACAAUCAUCUUAUGGCGGACCUGACCACAAAGAUUCAUACGGAUCAUCGAAGCCACCUCAAUCUCAGCAAUAUCCGCCUCCACCGCAAUCCCAGUCCUACGGUCAAGGUCCCCAAUCUCAGCAAUAUCCACCUCCUCCGCAAUCACAGUCCUAUGGUCAAGGCCCCCAAUCUCAGCAAUACCCGCCUCCUCCACAGUCCCAACAACAGUACCCUCCACCUCCCCAGUCUCAACAGUACCCUCCACCCCAAUCUCAUUCUCAGCAAUACCCGCCUCCUCCACAGUCCCAACAAUACCCUCCUCCUCCUCCAAAUUAUGGUCAAGGUGGGCCACCUCAACACUCAGGAAACCUUCCUAAGCCGGAGCAUAGCCAUUUCAAAGGUGCGCACAAAGCCUCCCAUGCUGGAGGUUUGUUUGGCGACAGUGAAAGUCCAAAUGCUUCGGGAGGCCCUCCUGUACCAAUGGGUUCGCAUCCUACCCAUGGCCAAGGCGGUCCACCACCCCAAGGGGGGUAUGGGGCUCCUCCAGGUGGGUAUGGUGGCCAACAGCAGAGAUGGUAA